CACACGCGACCAUCGGAUUGCACGAGGCCCGGCUCCGCUAACACCCCUUCAACCGUUUCAUUUAGCGACACUUGCACGCUGUGCGGCGGGGCUUCCCGCGCCUGUGACUGUCACUCAAACCGCGAAGGGCGGAACCCUGCGCCGGGCAGUCCCGACCGCGGGGAUCACAGGCCACAGUGUUGCCAUCACUAAAGAUGGCCGCUACGCCCAUUAUUUACAAUAACAGUGAAGCCAGAUAGCUCCGAGGAGGAGAGAGCCGUUUGCCCCUACGAUGCCAAUCACCAGAUGCCCAGAGCCUCCCUGGCUAAGCACAUGGUGGCCUGCCGGCUGAGGAGGCUGGAGUACUCUAGAGAGGAGCAGGCUGAAAUGUAUGACUCUGCAUUUUACUAUGAGAAAGCAAAGAUACCCACCAUUACUAUUGAUAAGGAUCUACAAUUUAAGAUUAUUAAAGAAGCUAAAGCUUUAAGUGCAAAAGAAGGUGGAGGCUCCAGUGAAGCUUUAGGUACCUAUUCUUCACUGCCUGUUGAAGUUCCCCAAAACCACAAACGCUGCAUCUGUGACCUGACUCAAGCGGAUCGUCUUGCAAUCUAUGAUUAUGUCCUGGAAGAGACGAAGAAACAGAGGUCCAGAUCCCAGGCCACUGAAAACGACAGUGAUCUCUUUGUAGAUUUGGCUGCUAAAGUCACCCAAGAUGAUGGUCAAAAAGGUCCAAAGUCUCAUCUUGAAAUCCUGGCAGAAAUGCGAGACUAUAAAAGACGGCGGCAGUCAUACAGAGCUAAGAAUGUUCAUAUAACAAAGAAAUCUUACACUGAGGUAAUCAGAGAUGUGAUUGGUGUGCACAUGGAAGAACUCAGCAGCCACUGGCAGGAGGAAGGUAAACCAGACAAUGCAGAGACGUGUGAAGGAGGAAAAUCUUCCAUUUCAGCAAAGUCUUCAGGAAGAAAUGAAGAGAGACGGUCAGCAUCAGUGGACUCUCGACAGUCUUGUGGAAGCUCUAAGGAUGUUGAUCGAUCUAGACACAGGAGAGAUCCCAGCAGAAGUCCAGACAAACAAAGAAGUAGAGAAAGAGGCAAAGACAGGGAUUCCAGGAGAAAAAGAGAGAGGGCUGAAGACAAGUAUCACAACCACAAAAGAAGAAAAUAGGAAAAGGACUUUAAAGAAGAUGUGUCAGCUGUUAGUUAAGGAAAUAGACUUAAAUUGAAUCAUUCAGAGCUGUGAAUAUCAGCAGCGUGCUGAUGGCGAUAGCAUUGUGUAUUGAAUGUUGUACCCAGAGCUGGGAGGCUGCCAAUGACAUCUUUCCCUCAUCCUGACAACCGUACCAUGGUCUCGUGUCUCAGAUGGUUUUUAUCUCUGCAUUAGAAGGUGAUGUGUAAUUUGUUGUAUUGCCUUUGACUGAUAAAUAUAAUUUAUUUAUAUUGUCAUUUUUCAUUCAGCCCAACUUGGUCUGGUGAUUGAAGUAAAAGAGGAAGUGAUGAGGAUUCAAAUUUGUGCAGGUUUGCAGUGACUUUGGGAGGAUCCUCUAUAGCAGUGGUCCCCAGCGUGGUGCCCACAGGAGCCAUGGUGCCCGCCGGGGCAUUUAUGUGUACCUGCCUAGUGCCCAGCAGGGGAGAGAAGCUGUGACCCCGCGCCUGCCGGGGACAGAGAACUCCAGGGCUGCAGGUGCCGGUGUUCUCUGUCCCUGGGAGGUACGGGGCUGCAGCUUUUCUCCGGGGCUGUGGGCGCCGGAGUCCUCUGUCCCUGGCAGGCGCCAGUCCACGGCUUCUCUCCGGCUUCGGCCCUGCCCCUGCUGGGGACAGAGAACUCGGGGCUGCAGGCUGUGGGGGCGCUGGUGUUCUCGGUCCCUGGCAGGGCUGGGACCAUGGCUUAAGACAGAGAGAAACCGCAGCCCGCGCCUGCCGGGGACAGAACUCCGGGGCUGCAGGCUUCAUUCUAGGUUGAAGUAAGAAUAAUAAAUAUAUUUGGACCAGCAGUUCAACAAUGUUUAACUUUUUUAAAAUAAAUAAGAUGAAAACUGUUUGAUAUUUAUUUUGUAAAAACUCCUUAAUUUUUCUUACGGGUAGAUAAAAAAGAGCAAAUUCACAUGGUAAGGUGAAAGAGUAUUUGCCAAAUUUAAUUAAUACCUCUUACAUGUAAAAUUACCCUUUUUAUCUUAUGGAUUCAUAUAUUAUGUAUAUUAAAUAUGAUUUUCCUAUUUAAUGUACAAAUACAAAAUAAGCCUUGAAAAAUUGUUGGUGCCUGCCACACUCUUCUGAAAACAUGUGUGUGCUACUGGCCUCGAAAAGGUUGGGGACCACUGCUCUAUAGUCUUAUGCAUCAGUCAUUGGAAACCUGAAUAAAGUGCAGUGUGAAGGUGA